AUAUAAAAAUAUAUAUCUGUGUGUGUUAAUUUUACUGUAAUUUCUUCUCCAUUGUUAGAAGGUGGGGGUACAUUGACCUGACUGCUAACCUGUACUUGGCCCUCGCAGUCUCAUCUUCCUUCAUGCAUGAGCUUGGCAUGUGUGGGUGUGGUGUAGGGGAGGGGGUUACCGACAAAUGCAGAGAUUACCUCUUGAAUGGUUUUGAUGUUGUAGUCACUGCAUUAUUACCUAUGGGGUUCGAUUCCUGGGCGGGGUGUAACCGUGGUUUAUGUACUGUUUGUAAACAUGGACAUCACAACAUCUACGAACUGUCUUCCCAUCGCACAGACACAAGAUCUCGGCAGUGACCUCCCCACCCCAGUCAACAUGGAGGCACCUCUCAGUCCGUUGGAGCCUGAGGCCGAGAGGGGGCAGGGCCCAGCUGCUGAGGACCCAGGCUUGCUCAAGAGCCCAGCUGCCAACGAGCAGGUCACCGUAACUCUGAACUCUGAUGGAGGCAACGAGGUGUGGAUCAAACCCAAAAGCUUUGGGGAGGGGAAGUGCGAGGGGAGGGAACUGGAAGCGUUUUACAACGACUCGCCACUUGGCCAUGGGCAGGUGGGGGGCUCGGGCUACAGACUGAACGACCCCUGUGGAGCGGGCGAGGGUGAUGUGGACUACCUGCUGCAGACCACAGGGCCUUCGUCCGACCCUGAGGAGGCAGAGGACUACCCUGAGGUGGAGGAUUAUCCGAAGACGAUGGAGGAGUCUUACCCGAGGGUGAUGACGGAGCCCGAUGCCGAUUCACCAGGGCCGGCAACAACCAUUGCGGAGAUGGAGCACAGAGAGCCGGUGACAGAGGGUGGGGAGCAGGAGGUGGCGUUUGGAGAGCGGCAGAUGGAGCCAAGGGAAAUGGAGUGCAGAGAUCAGGAGGAGGAGCCUGGUGAGCAGGAGGUGGAGCCUGAAGAGGCGGAGCUUGGGGAACAGGAGGUGGAGCCUGAAGAGGCGGAGCCUGGGGAGCAGGAGGUGGAGCGUGAGGAGCAGGAGAUGAACUGCGGAGAGCAAGAGGAGGAAGACAGCCCCCAGCCCCCCUCUGACACAGCCUGCCCAGGCUCUCCUUCCACCCCAGAGGGAGUGAAGAUCGGUGAUUGGAAAAGACCGGAGGAGCCUGACCCCUUGGGAGAGAUGCAGGAAAACGAAUACAAGGAACCCUGCAUGGGAGAGGAGGAGGGGAAGGAGAGUGAGGAUUGUGAUCCCCAGUUGAAAAAAUCCUUUAUAGAGGACCUCUCAACAGUGCCUGCUGAAGCUGAAGAUACAAAGACCUUCACCUGCGGAACCAGUACAGUUUUUGAUGAAGUGGAUGUGAAGCCGGACAAGGACACGUUGCUCAAGGAAAGCAUGGAAGCGGGAAAGGAGUCCUCAGAUUCACAGAGAUGUACUUCCUCAGCCAAACCCAAUGCAAAGGACAGUUCCACAGGCACUGAGGAGCGCAAGGAAGAGGAGUACGUCUCUCGGAGGCCCAGGCGUGCCACCAGGUUAUCUUUCCAGGCAGCCGAAGCCCAGGCUCAGGCCCAGGCCGCACAGACUCUGUCCCACCGGCCACAGAGACACUCUCGAUCCUUGGUCAAGGUGACGUGUGCCAAUUGCAGGAAGCCCCUGCAGAAGGGACAGACAGCUUACCAGAGGAAAGGGGCCCCUCAGCUCUUCUGCUCUUCCACAUGUCUCACCACAUACUCUCAGAGGCCAACCUCGAUCAAGAUAUGCACCUUCUGCAACAAGGACAUUUUCAAUACAAAGGAGUUGGUGGUGGCACAGGCUGGGUCAAGCCAAUCCUUCCAAGAAUUCUGCAACACCACCUGCCUAUCGUUGUAUGAGGCCAAGCUCUUGAAACCCACACUGUCCGACGAAUCUGCUCGCUGCAGCAUCUGCAACAAGAAGGGGAAGAUUCUGCACGAGGUCAGUAAUGGGAACGUGGUGCACCGGUUGUGCAGUAACGCCUGCUUCAGCAAGUUCCGAGCUAGCAACGGCCUCAAAACCAACUGCUGUGACAACUGUGGCGUUUACUUCUACAACCGGGGCUUCAUGCUCCAGUAUCUGUACCACGAGGGGCAGCAGAGGAGGUUCUGCAAUACUGGGUGCUUGAACAUGUACAAGAAGAAGAAUACUAAAGUGCUGCCUUGUGCUUGGUGCAAGACUAUGGGGAAGAACUUUGACAUGAUCGCGAACGUUGACACUACGGGCAAGAUGGGUUUUUUCUGCUCCCUGUGCUGCAUUACCUCAUACAAAGUCAAGCAGUCCGGAACCGUAGCUCCCAAAUCUAAAUGCAGGUAUUGCAAGAAGAGCGUUCUGGAGCGGGUUUAUUACAACAUGACUGACCGGGUCGUGCACCAGUUCUGCAGCCCCAACUGUUGGACCAACUUCCAGCAAUCGACACCUGAGGGUUGCAUUCAGCUCAAUUGUACCUACUGUCACAAUAUCUUCACUGGGAAACCGGAAAUAUUAGACUGGCAGGGCAGCGUGCGGCAGUUCUGUUGCAAGGUGUGCUGCGAGGAUUACAAGAGGCUGCACGGAGUGGUGUCGAUCUGUGAAUACUGCCGGCAGGAGAAGAUACUUCAUGAAAAGAUCAAGUUCUCAGGAGUGGAGAAGAACUUCUGCAGCGAAGGUUGCGUACUGCUUUACAAACAGGACUUCACCAAAAACCUGGGGCUGUGUUGCAUCACGUGCGCUUACUGCUCUCAGACCUGCCAGAGGGCCGUGACCAAAGAGCUGGACGGGAAUACGUGGGAUUUCUGUGGGGAGGAAUGCAAAAGCAAGUACUUGCUGUGGUACUUCAAGGUAGCCAGAUGCCAUGCCUGCAAGCGUCAGGGCAAGCUUCUGGAAACCGUACACUGGCGCGGGGAAAUUAAACACUUCUGCAACCAGCAGUGCCUCUUGCGCUUCUACAGCCAGCAAAACCAGCCCAAUCUAGCGACGCAGAAGGGACCCGAGAGUCUGCUCAACAAAUCGUCACGUAUGGGGGCGCAGAGGCGUGACGCAUUGGUGCUCCGACGCUCUGCGCCACGGAGUGGUAGAAACCCGGUUCGCGUCCGCGACUCCCCAUGCGGCGGGUUGACGAUUUCAGUCGUGCCGCGGGAUGGAAGCGGUGACCGGAGACCAGAUCAGGCGCAGGAGUCUAAGAACGCCGCAUCUCCAACUCCCAUGAAAUUUGAAACCAAGGCAUCCAAGCCCCUACCUCCUUCACCCCCCUCUCCACCCCCGCCACCUCCUGUGACCCUCAAGAACAAGGCUGUGCUGUGCAAGCCCUUGACUCAGAAUAAAGGUAUCUCCUGCAAGCCUGAAAUGAAAUCCAAAGGCUGUCAAACGGAGGAAGAGUGGAAGCCCCGGCUGAUUGUGGUACCCAUCCCUGUACCAGUGUUUAUACCAGUGCCUUUGCAUAUGUAUUGUCAAAACACACCAGUGCCUUUAUCCGUGCCAAUCCCGGUCCCCAUUCCAAUGUUCCUUCCAACCACUCUCGAGAACACCGAUAAGAUCGUGGAGACCAUCGAGGAGCUGAAAGUCAAGAUCCCAUCCAACCCCUUUGAGGCCGACAUACUGGCCAUGGCCGAGAUGAUUGCGGAGGCUGAGGAGAUGGAGAAAGCUUCGUCUGAUCUCUGUGACCUGGCCAGUAACCAAAGUGCUGAUGGCCUGCUGGAGGACUGUGACCUGUUUGGAUCUGGCAGAGAUGAUGUGUUGGCCAUGGCAGUCAAAAUGGCCAACGUUUUGGAUGAGCCAGGGCAGGAUUUGGAGGCAGACUUCCCCAAGAAUCCGUUGGAACUCAACUCUGGUGUGGACUUCCUGUUCGACUGUGGCCUGGUGACGACCGACGAAGAUCAAGCGGAGCCUGAGAUCCCGCGAGCUGUCAGGAGGGGUCAGAAGCGAAUAGUGCUUUCAGAGAGCUGUUCCCGGGAUUCGCUGACCAGCCAGCAGUGCUGCACUGGACUCAACUACUCGUAUGGAGUGAACGCCUGGAAGUCCUGGGUCCAGGCCAAGUACGCCAGCGGCGAAACCAACAAAAGCGAGGAGCUGCGAUUUGGCCCCAAACCGAUGAGGAUUAAGGAGGACAUCCUGUCCUGUACGGCGGCAGAGCUGAACUACGGGUUGGCCCAGUUUGUGAAAGAGGUUCAGAGACCGAAUGGGGAGCACUAUGAGCCGGACAGCGUCUACUACCUGUGUCUAGGGAUCCAACAGUACCUGCUUGAGAAUAACCGAAUGAUCAACAUCUUCACCGACCUUUACUACCUGACCUUUGUGCAGGAGCUGAAUAAAAUGCUGAGCGGCUGGCAGCCCAGCCUGCUCCCCAACGGUUUGAUAUUCUCCCGGGUGGAGGAGGAGCAUUUGUGGGAGUGUAAACAGCUGGGAGUCUACUCUCCCUUCGUCCUCCUCAACACUCUGAUGUUCUUCAACACCAAGUACUUUGGGCUGAGGUCGGUGGAGGAGCACAUCCGACUGUCCUUCACCAGUGUGGUGCGUCAGUCCAGGAAGUGCUCCACCUCCCGUGGUUCCAUCAAGCUGGUCAGCAUCCGUUACUACCUACCCGCUCACUGCAAGAAAGGCCGUGACCAAAACAGCACUGUGGGGAAGAGGAAACGUGAGGAGGAUGUUGCUGUGAUGGAGCAGAGGGAAAAUCGAAUGAACCCACUGAGAUGUCCUGUGAAAUUCUACGAGUUCUACCUCUCCAAAUGCCCCGAGAGUAUGAAGAGCAGGAACGAUGUGUUUUACCUACAGCCUGAGCGAUCAUGUGUAGCUGAGAGUCCGCUCUGGUACUCGGUUAUCCCCAUGGACCGCAGUAUGUUGGAGAGCAUGCUGAACAGGAUCCUCGCUGUCAAGGAAAUCUACGAUGACCACUCGAGGGAGGCGCUGGAGGAGGACGAUGUGGAAGGCUGACACCAGGCUAGCGGCGGCCACUGCUCUUGCUCAUGUCUGAAACUUUUGGGGUUUGCCCAAGGGGAGGGGUGGGUGGGUGGAGUGGGAGAGGGGGUAGAGGAGGAGGGAAAAGGGGGUCCGUUGUAGGCUGAAAUGGGAGGCGGGAGAUCAAUAAAAUGACUACGCACAAA